AUGGUUAAGAUCGUAUUGAUAAAUAUUACUAUUAUGAAGAAAUCACCAUUUCACCUCAUUCAACUUUCAACAGUCAUCAUGGCAAAAACAACAACGAAACCAAAGAAAUCACUUGAAAUCGGCGAAUUCGGAGCAAUUCUGGAUAAAUUGAAUAAACUUGAUGAUACUACAAAAUAUGCCCUAUUUGGCGUUGGUGCAUUUAUGUUGUUAAUUAUACUAUGCUGUAUAUAUCGCAUAUGUUGUGGAGGUGAAUCGGAUGCUGAAGCUGAAGCAGAAAUAAUUCGACGUACGAGGAGAUCUACGGGAGAGUCACAUGGAUAUCAAAGUUCCCAUUCUGGUUCGAGAGGAUCCAGGACACCAGCAUACAAAUCUCCACCGCGAGAGCAUCUGCCAUCAAGAGAACGCCCUAACGAAUGGGAUCAAUCCGGAAAAGAUAGAAAAUAUAGAAAUGAACGAACAACACAAGAUGAUCAACCAUCAGCGUACGUCGAUGAUGUGCCACAGGAAAGAGGACAUCAUCGACGAAUAAGAAAAGCGACGACAAAGUUGAGAAAACUUUUACGUUUAACCAAAGAAGAUAUAAAAAGGGGAAGUGGUGCACCAUCGCCCGAAACACAAACUAACAUACUCGAUGCGUUAGGAUCCGUGGAAGGAACAGCACUAACUGGUCGAACGGCUACGGAAGGGACUGGUGGGCGGACCGCAGGUACCGUAGGCACGACCGGUACCGGCGGUACAUCGGCACCCGGUUAUGAACCAGCAGUGCCAUAUAUGCAACAAACUCAAGGAACGAAUGAGGCACCGAGAUGGUAUUGA